UUUGAGCCUCGGGGGCUUCCGUCGCGGCCUGAGCGAGGAGGAGAGAAAGAGAGCCUCGCUGCUCGGUCUCCCUCAGUUCGCGCUCGGCGCCCUUUCGCCACAGCAGCGGUGACCCUUUCCCCGCUCGGUUCUCCAGCAUCAUGUCCCAGGUCCUCGUCUCCGUGGAUUACGAGAUCUUCGGCCGGGUGCAAGGUGUAUGUUUCAGAAUGUACACAGAGGAGAAGGCUAGGAAAGUGGGAGUAGUUGGCUGGAUUAGAAAUUCCAGAGAUGGGACGGUUACUGGCCAAGUUCAGGGCCCAGAAGACAAAGUAAAUGAGAUGAAGCAGUGGCUGGCCAAAGUUGGAAGUCCUAGCUCCCAAAUCGAGCGGGCAAACUUUUCUAAUGAAAAGGAGAUCCCGAAACUUGAUUUCACUGGAUUCAUCACAAGAUAUUAACUGAAAAGGACAUCACUACUGUGUGGAAUUCUCAUCUGCUGCUGUUGUAUAAUUGUUUCCACACUUCCUUAAAGUGUUAAGAUUGCUGCAUACUAAACAAAAUGGAACAAUCUCUCAUUUAUGUUCAGUAAAAAUUGUAAAAUAAUUGAGAAUAGAACAGUAUAAGGGUGGGUGAAUAGUACUUCUUGUUCUAAAAAGUAAUUUUAAUGUAUACAAGGUCCUCUAAAUUGGGACUGCCUCUGGAGGGUUUUAACACUGGAUGACACUGAAUUAUAUUUAACAUGUCUACUUUUUCUUUUUCUAAAUUAACAACCAUGGGAGGAUGGAGAGACCAGGCUGCAAUUGGAACUUCUUUUCCGAAAUUAUUAGUAGCUUAUGGGAGCAAUUUUCAUUGGGAACAUAACAACUGGAGAAGAUUUAAAUCACCUCCUUCCUGUGAUCCUAGUAUUGAUCAGAUCAGCUAUGGAUGUUAUUUAGAGAAAACUAACAAAGCCUAGGUGUGUUAAAUAUGGCCAUGCUUUAAAUGCCCCGUGUAGUUUGGUCCAUUUCCAGCACAUUGUAAAGUAAGCAUAGGGACAUGGAUUUUUAUAGAACACAUACAGUAACUGCAUCAGAUUGUGGGUUUAGGGAAUUAUUCUCAUGUAUUAUUUGUAUUUUUACAGAUCAAUUCUAUAUAUGUUGACUUGGCAAUAAGUCCCAUUGCAUCUGAUGGAAUGAUUAUGUAUACAACUGUGCCUUGACUUAAAGCAAGGAAAAAAGCUUUGAAUGAAUAACAUCUUAAAUGAGUAAUGUCUUAAAACUUAGAAAUAAACAGACUAGUAAUGUAUCCCAAGCUGUUGAACACUUUCCACUCCAAGCAAAAAGCAUAUAAACCCUUGCAGUGGUUCUUAUUGGAUUUAGUUAACCUUCCUUUUCUGUGAAUUCUUCCCCCACGUCAAUACUGAAUCUGUUGUACUAAAAUAAAACCUGUUGCCUUUUUGCCUGGAUGAGUGUAUUUGUGCUAAAAUAAAUAUUUAUUGCCAUAGAAAA